AUCUAAUCUUAAACGAGCCGCUCUUCCUCGUUCAUACAUUCGUUCAAAUCUCAAGCUUCUUCUUCUUCUUCUUCUUUCUUCUGUUAUAACCCGCACCCCUCAGCUCAACUUGACCAUCUAGCCAAAUACCACACCACUAAUACGUCGACAUGUGGAUUCUACCGCUGCUGGGCUACGUCGGCGCCAUCAUCGGCUUCUGCUUCUUAACCUUGUCAAUCGCGUCUGGGCUCUACUAUCUCUCGGAACUGGUGGAGGAACAUACCGUCUUGGCAAAGCGCUUACUCACGCGACUGAUCCAGAUCAUCAUUGGCGUGCAGGUUGCGCUCUUGAUUGACGGCUUCCCCUUCUGGGCGACUGUCUUGGGAAUUGUCUGCCAUGUGGUGUACUUGGGUAACUUGAGGCGGUUCCCAUAUGUGCAGCUGACUGAUCCGCUGUUCUUGCUCUCUUGUGUCUUGGUGCUUCUCGACCACUAUGUGUGGUUCCGAUUCUUCUCCAACCACCAGGAGCGAGCCUACUCCCGAUCUUCCUACUACGAGCAUGUGGACGUCCCGACCUUUACAAUGAUUGCGUCCUACUUUGGCAUAUGCGUCUGGCUGAUUCCGUUUGCGCUCUUUGUGAGCUUGUCUGCUGGCGACAAUGUCCUGCCUACCAUGGGCACGGAGCCGGUUCGUGGCGUGGAUGGCAAGAAUAAGCCCCAGGGCUUGGUCAAGGCGCUUGUUGAUUGGGUGCGAGGGUUGAUUGGGGAUAUGGCUGGCAGUGGGAUGGACCGGCCGUAAGGAUAUGAUUCUCUUUCUACAGGCGGGACGAGAUUUCUUUUAUUUGCGGCGAGGUCAGCCAAUCUUUAAUAGAUGAGGCCGAUGUGUCGAAUUGUGUCCACGAAAUCAGAUGGCCCAUCUACUUUGCCAUCUGAUACAUGUCGUUACUCUUACAUGAGCCAUUUUAAAGUUGACUGGGCAGGCUGCAUACGAUUUAUUAUUAUGAUGUUGUCUUUGAUCUGGAUUGUUUGAACAUCAGGACAGGUGUUACGAUUGUCGAAUGAUGAGUAGCGCAUGUUGAAAUGCUGCGUUGUAUAAUAUGUAUCAUAUGGGUAAGGGAUAAGAGUGCAGCACGCGGCGUUCUCUGCUUGUGUAUUUAUGCAUUGCCCAAAUAUCUUAUCUAAACCUGCAGUUUAUAUGAACUGGUAUAUUUUGCUGUGGAAGAUGGUCGAUGUGAUUCAAGUCAUGGAUGUUCAACUUUCUUAGUAUGCUUGUCAGGAAUGAACUCUUUUUGGACCUAUGAGCAGCACUUUGGUGUUGACAAUGAGAAUGAAUAGAAAGGAGGAAAU